AUGAAUUUUGCCAAAAGCGAUGAUCAUUUAUCUCUUGACAAUUCCGUGUUAGGAGAUGGAAAUUGCUCUGAUAUGCCAGGAAGCUUUGAUCAAGAUCUCAAAACGCGACACUCAAGUAAGAAGAGUGACUCGCUAUUCACGCGGCGUGAAAAUCAAUACCAUGGUAUCAAAGAUUCUUUGUUGCUGUAUGAGGGCCAAUCCUUCGAAAUGGGCCGAGAAAAUGCCACUAGUCUUCCGCGACGUCAAAUGAGUGGCGCCCGGGAUAACAAUAGAUUUGAGAGACCCAGCAACAAUUUUAAUCGUAAUAAACACGUUUGGUACCGAACUGAUAAAAUUAACAAAAGCGUCGAAGGUGAAAACUCCACAGAUCGAAGCUUUUCGCCCAACAGUUCCAUCAACAUUCGUGACGCACUAGGUAAUGCCGCGCACUCGAUUGCGAAAAGUCAAAGGGCUUGUCUGGGCAUGAAGGAGCGAUUGGAGAAGUACAAUUUGAACAGCUCAAUUCGUAUGCCAGGCAGCUUUUCGAAUUUCCAGGCCAGUAACGCCACUUUUGAUGAGGUUGAUCGUGGUGAGAAGCUGGUGAAUUUGCCUGAAGACGAGGAUGACAAAACCCCCGCUGAACCUAUCAGCUAUAUCUCAGCUUGUUUGAUGGGUCCCAUUGUGAUCAAGACCAUCUAUUUCCUUCUUGCUCAAUCCGCUACUCUGGAAAGUAAAGAUUAUUCCUUUUCCAACACCUGCGUCAUGAUUGUAAGCUCGGAGCUGUCAGGUUUCAGCCUACCACAACUUGACAAUUUGAUUCUACAAAUUACACAAAUCUGGCUGCUUAUUCGAAUUAUACCUGUUUUGAUCAAGGUCCCUUGGAGGUUUCAUGCAACCGUGGUACAUUAUGGAACAUACCCACAUUUGAGUGAGCACCUUUACGACGUCAACGACAAGACUCUAUUUCAUGACGCCGUUUCGUUUUUCAACGGUCAUGAGAAAUUCGGUUUACGUCUCAAAAAUGUCAGUUUAAUUGUUCUCGUCAUUUCACCUUUCGUUCUGACUACGGGUUUGUUACUAGGGCAUAAUCUCACUGUCAAACUUGCCACCUAUGACCUUCCGAGAGGUUCAUCAUUGUCGGUGUAUUCCUCAUUCAUGGCCAUGGUGUUCUCUCGAUCACAAUUCGCAAUGCUGAUGUGGUGCAUAAUGUGUCAGUACUGCAAAGAUGCGUUUGAGCAUGUCGAAAACUACGUCAUUGACCAACAAAAGAAGUUUCAGAAAGAUGCAGAGUCUAUUGCUAAUCGUUUCGAAAGCUCUGAAUCUAGAUCCACAGACGGACUAGAUGCUGGAACCAAGCAUUCAAUACUUAUCAAGAAGCCAUUGCUGCCUUCCAAGAAGAAAGCGAUCAAUAAUUCCUUUGAUUAUACACAUCCAGUCGACAGUCCAAGCUCGCAAGCCCGACUUCCUUCAUUUGCAGUUGCUGCCUAUGAAAGCCCGCUUAAAAGUAAGCGGGCAAACGAUACCCUACAAUCGAGCAUAAGACCAGUAUCACCACAAGUCGGUAUACAAACGGUCGUUGCUGUUGGAUCUGACUCGCAGUCAUGGAGAGACUACGCCAAAAUGGUUGUCAAGAUUCCGCUACAUGUAUUGUCGAUGAAGUAUAAGAUCAUGCGGCUAUGCUUGAAAGCUGUCGUCUACGUUAUUUUUUUGUCCUAUUGGGUUGUGAAAUCUUUUUGGCGCUGGUACAUGCACAGGCCUGUCGUCAGGGCGCUAAACUAG